AUGAAGGAAAAAGGCCGGAGAGGACGUGGACACAAGCGUUUACUUCAGAGCUCAACCAAAACUGGUGUCGUUGUGUCGUGUGUGGUGUUUGCGCAUGCGUAUUUACAGCUCGGAUGUGUGAGUCAUACAUGCGCUAACAUCGAGACCUACGUGUGGGGACACUCCGAGAUAAAUAUUCGUGUUAAUGAAAGGGGAGUUGAGGAAUCGAGCGGCUGGCGACAUGCUGCGACAAGGGGAAACCUGUGUAGGAGGUGGAGCGACCGGAUUAGGGUGUUGAAUAAACAGGAUUCACGAAGGUACCUUAAGAAAAUGUACUUCCUAGCCCUGUGUGAAGUUACGAAGUUUACCAUUUCAGGUAUCAUACUACUUAGAAUUGAGUGCGUGAGGCUUCCCCUUGAACGGUAUGUUCACUGGCGCUCGGGGAGCAAGACCCUCACCCUGGUUGCCAUUCACAGCAUUCUAGCAACGGCCAAGGAAACCAAUGGCGACUGGAAGACGGCUUUGGAAAAAAAUAUCCCUUCUAGAUUCCUGCGUGAGCAUGACGCAGUGCAAAGGGACAUUAAUGCAGAACAACGAGUACGAGGCCUCCAGUGCAAAGACACGAGGUAG